AUGGAUCAUAUAUUUACUAUAAGCAAGAAACCUAGCAGAACCUUGAAUCCUUAUAAACAAAAUAUCUUCAAUAAGUUAGAGAAGUCAAUUUUGUGUGCAGUCUCCAGUAGAAAUGUAAUAUCAUUCAGCACAGAGAGUAAUAUUGAAGAAUGUAACUCAUUGUAUUGGAGUUCAAAUGUUUAUGUAGCUGACCUGAACAAUCCAUGGCAGGUUCAUAAGGUUUUGGGAAAUUCGUCUCCUGUAACUGUAUUGCAAUGGGACUUUACUGGAGACCUACUUCUUGUAGCUGAUGAAAGUGGUUGUGUAAAAAUGUAUAGAGCUAAGGAUAACAUUUUGAAUGAUUGGGUUCUCAUUUCACAAACACUCCUGCAGGGUGAGCAUAUUUUAGCUGCUGCAUUUUUUCAUUCUGGAAAGAAGAUCUGCCUUAAUUCAGAUAAGAAGGACAGUCCUUCAUACAUCGAUAAAUUCCAACAUGUCAAGUUUGCCUGUUCUGUCAAACAGUUUGGGGGAAGACCAGCCAAUGGAGCUCUUUUACUCACAACGACUGGCAUGUUGGCAGCUGUCUUACUUCCUCAAGCAACAAGUCAGUCACCAAUGAUUGUGGCAACAGAAAGUCUGGGUCCAACUAGGAUAUUUGUGAAGACAGCUGAUAUAUGUUAUGGAAAGAAUGGUCAUUUUUUGAUAGCUGUUAGUAGCGGAGAUCCUGCUAUGCCAAUACAGUGUUAUAAAGUGUCAGUAAAAAAAGAGGAUGAGAAGUGUACUAUCAAAAGUCAGUCUUUGUUGAGCUUCUUCUUAUUUGGAGCUCCAAAAGAAGCAAUGAUGGAUCAACUGAGGAAGGAGAAAAAUUGCACAGUGAGUCAUAUCAAAUGGAUAAUGAGAGAAGAUGCCGAUUCAUUGGUUGUUACUGCUAGUAGUCAAAAAAUGAGUUGCCUUCAAGUCUGGGAACUCAGAGAAAAGGCUGUCCCUGUGCACAAGUCACUGAUGGGAAAUUCUGAAACUCCCCAAUUCUACAACACUGUGCUCUGGCAGUACCAAUGCCACUUCCAAUAUAAUAACAAAGUUACCUCGCUCGCCACAAGCAAGCUCAGCCUACUGAACAACAUAUCCAAUGGAUAUGUCGUGGUCACAUUCGCCGACAAUUCCAUCCACUGUUUGUACAGAGACACCCUGAAACAAAUCGCGUACACCACCCUUUCGGUCGUUCCGCGUUACCUGGACGAGCCCAAUUCCAAGUACCAAAAAGUCAGCACCAACAUAGCCAGUAUCGACAUGUCCUGGCUUGGUAACGUGCUGCUUUGCGUCGAUUCGGACGACAGUCUCCACCUUUUCAAAUUGCCGCCGCAGAUAGAGAGCUCUGCCCCGCUGAGCGUACCUUAUUGCACGACCAUUUUGGAGUACUGCCUGAUGAGCGGCUUCGAUUGGUUGGAUUUUCUGUUGGUGUUGAGGCCCGGGAUGCUCGACGCCAUUUGCGACAGGCUGACAGAGAGUUUCAAUAGACAGCCGCCGUCGGUACAGCAGUUUUUCUACGUGCAGUACUUGUGCAUUAAGACGUCAUUGUACAGGUUGAGUUUUCAGGGCCUAUCUAAAGCCAAUGAUUUGACUCAGUAUUUGAUGCUCCACAGUAUAUCAACUGCUUUUAAAAGUUUACUCCGACCAAGUGAAAUGAAUAGUCAUGAAAAAAGCCCAGCAGAUUCAUUGGCAAGUGUCAUCGCUGAAGGCCAAAGCGACGUUGACAAAGCCCUGACGCUGAUGCACCUCGAAGCCAAAGAGUUCACAGUGGAAACGACCACCCUGCAGAGCCUGCAGCAGCUCAUCCAAUGGGUGGCCGACCUCGCGCUCAACUUGCUGGUCAAGUUCUCCGACAGCCGGCCGGCCGCCGGCAAGGCCUACGAGCUGCUCAGGGACGUCAAGGCGCUGAACAUGCUCAGGGAGAUGCUGGUGCUGAUCCGGAUUUGGGGGCUGCUGCGGCCGGCCUGCCUGCCGGUGUUCAUCAAGUCCGAUACGAACUUGGACGUGCUGGCGUUGGUCUUCAAGUUGCUGAGCCGGUUGGUGCAGAACGUCAACGAGCCUGAUGACGCACUUAUUGAUGAAUGCUGUCUACUUCCAAGUCAAGUUCAAAUACAGCUGUUGCAGCCUUCAAACAACAGACCAGUCCUUGCAUCUCCACAUUUAGCACAACAGAUAUUACCAUUGCAGUUGGAAUUCAACAAUGAGCCCGAAUGCUUGGCAAGCAACUCCGAUUCCAACGCCGGCCAGACCGUCGACUCCAUCAGGCACCUCUACCUCGGCAAGACUCCGCGGGUGAUCAAGCAGUGCGUCAGAUGUGGCAGUUCCGCCGGCAUGGUACAGGCCACCAGAACGGCUGCCAUCCGGGCUUGGGAUCAGAGGUGGCUGAGAUCUUGUCAAUGUGGCGGUUUAUGGAGAAUGCAAGUGUUUUCAGCAUAA